AGAAAUAAAUAUCAUUUUCAUAAAUAAUUACGAAUGCGAUACUCCCCUAUAAAAUCCAUCCUAUCUAUCUUUCAGAGCUACUUUCCUCUCUCACUUCAAUCCGCCAUGGAAAUUCCUUGAACCUGCUAAAAUCUCAAGCAUAUAAUCACCUCUACUGAAAAUCCAAGACUUGGUUUGCUUUCGCUACUCACUCACCAUGGUCUCCAUAGACGAUUCACACUCUCAUUCACACUCCAAUCCCAACAUCAAUGCUCGCUACAGCUACAACCAAGCUCGCCCCUACUACUACUACACUCCACCGCCGUCCUCCGCCAAGAUAAGCCGUUCCAUGGGGCGCUCCAUGCGCACAAUCCGCUCCACCAUCUUCAACACCGAUCAGUCCGGUCCGGUCUGCGACAAAUCGCCCAACCUAUCGGAGAAUCUCACCGACUCGGUUAUCGACCUUCGCCUCGGCGAGCUCGCCAGUAAAUCGUCUACCAAUUCCAAGAGCCCCUCCUCCGAGGACAUCGACGAUAUGUUGGACAUCUCACGCGCCUUCAGCGAUUUCUCGGCGUGCUCCAGCGACAUUUCCGGCGAGCUUCAGCGCCUCGCGAAUCUCCCUGAUCCCGCUCUCAAUGAUGGCACAAGCUCCGACCACGAACCGGAGCCUUGUUCCGGAUUUCUACAGAGAGAAACGUUUUCUACGGAAAUUAUCGAGAGCAUCUCGCCGGAAGACCUCCAACCAACCGUGAAGCUCUGCGUAGACGGAUUGCAGUCUUCUUCAAUUGCAGUGAAGAGGUCGGCGGCUGCUAAAUUGCGGUUACUGGCGAAAAAUCGGGCCGAUAAUCGGGCUUUGAUUGGGGAAUCGGGCGCGGUACCCGCUCUGAUUCCGCUUCUCAAUUGCUCAGACCCUAUGACGCAGGAACACGCGGUGACGGCGCUGCUUAAUCUGUCCCUCCACGACGGCAACAAGAGCGUGAUAACCAGAGCCGGCGCUGUCAAAUCCCUAAUCUAUGUUCUGAAAACAGGCACCGAGGCGUCCAAGCAGAACGCCGCCUGCGCGCUGCUGAGCUUAGCUCUGGUCGACGAGUACAAGCUGUCGAUUGGGGCUUGCGGCGCGAUCCCGCCGCUGGUUGCGUUGCUCAUAAACGGUUCGGUCAGAGGGAAAAAGGACGCGCUCACAACGCUUUACAAGCUGUGCUCCGUGUCGUUGAAUAAGGAGAGAGCGGUGAGUGCCGGUGUCGUCAGGCCGCUGGUGGGGCUGGUGGCUGAACAGGGGACUGGGUUGGCUGAGAAGGCGAUGGUUGUUUUGAGUAGCUUGGCGGCGAUUGAGAUAGGGCAAGAGGCGAUCAUUGAGGAAGGCGGGAUCGCGGCGUUGGUCGAGGCGAUUGAGGAUGGGAGCAACAAAGGGAAGGAGUUCGCAGUGCUGACUCUACUCCAGCUUUGCGCCGAGAGUGUAAGGAACAGGGGAUUGCUUGUCAGGGAAGGGGGUAUUCCGCCGUUAGUGGCGCUGUCGCAGAGUGGGACGGCUAAAGCUAAGCAUAAGGCUGAAAGGCUUCUUGGGUACUUAAGAGAACCAAGACAGGAAGCUUCUUCUUCAAGUCCAUAAAAGGGGGAGAGGUAUUAUAGAUGAUUUAUCAUUGUACUAUGCUUUUGUGAUGGCUUGCUGUUGGCUGUAUAUAGCAAGUGUUUCUUGGACUUGUACAGAGAGUGGUUGAGUAAUUUGAGGAUUUUCAAAAAAAAAUCUCAAGAAAAAAUAAAAAAUUAAGAAGCUACUAGUUAGUGAUAAGAAGCUGACCUCAGUAGUUGUAUUUUGUGUUUGGUUGACUGGGUUCUUUUCUGGGGAGGGUGAUCCCGGCCUUUUCCGACUGCUGCCGUUAUGUAUUUUUUUUUGUUGUUGUUGAGAGGAAAAGCUGUUUCUUAGCUUAGUUAUUGAGAAUCCGGGUGAUCAUCCUUGGUUUUGUUGGGUGAGAGCCGAACGUAGUCUGGUUGGGAUUUCAGACUAGGCAGACGUAUAGUAUUAGUAUGGUCGUGUUGUAUUUUUGGGGGCGAGGGAGGGGGACUCCCUGCAAGCCCAGUCCUUUUGUUACUUGCUCUGGUAUUGAUGUGAAUAAUAUCUUGAAUAUUUAGCUGGCCA